AUGAUCGUAGUCCCUUGGAUUGGCUUUUUAUCUCACGAUUCGGAGAAAAGAUCUCCACCGCGAGGUGAGAGUGAGCAUAUGAUGGAACCGCAAACCUUAGAGGAAAAGUUGGCAAUCAACCUUGCUGAAGUGGUCGGGACGGGCAAGGACGGUCGCAUAAUGAAAGAAGAUAUUCUAAACUUCCUAAAGACCAGAUCCUCGGGUGAUUCUGUUAAGGAAGCCUCUCCGAAACCUUGUGUCAGUGUUCCUCCGCCUUCGGUUGUUCGUCCGACAGUUGUCCCUUCGGGUGAAGAUCGAGUAGUUCAACUCUCCGCUAUUCAGCGCGCGAUGCGAGUAACUAUGACGCAAUCGAACGAAAUCCCACAUUUUGUUCUUUCCGAUGAGGUGGAUUUGUACAAACUGGUGGAAUUCCGGAAGGAAACAAGUGAUUGGGUAUCCCGUCGAUAUGGCCUAAAGCUAACCUAUUUGCCAUUUUUCCUCAAGGCAUCCCACAAUAUUGGCAUUGCAAUGGACACUCCAGAGGGAUUAAUUGUCCCCAAUGUCAAAUCGGUCGAGCAGCUGUCGGUCAUUCAGAUCGGUCAGGAACUGAAACGUUUACAGGAGUUAGGUGCUAAAGGUAAACUGGGUCCAAAUGAUCUGAAAGGCGGCACAGUCACGCUCUCUAAUAUCGGAAGUAUUGGAGGAACCGUCACAAAACCACGAAUACUCCCUCCGGAAGUGUUGAUCGGUGGACUCGGCCGCAUCCAGCGCCUUCCACGAUUCGACGAACAUGGAAACGUCCGCGUUGGCCACAUAUUGAUUGCCAGUUGGGCUGCAGAUCAUCGAAUUAUCGAUGGUGCUACAGUGACUCGUUUCUCUCGAUUAUGGGCCAGUUAUCUGGAGAAUCCAGCCUCCCUUGUUUUCGAAUUGAAGUAA